GUGUAGAUGCGGUGCGAUUCUUAUCGGGAACCGAUGUCGUUCGAAACGCUUUUCGCGAGUUCUUCCUCGCCCCGAAAAAUUCAGGGUAUCGCACCGAAGACCUGAGGAAUGGCCCAUCACGGACGCUGGCUACAAAAAUGUCUCAAUUACAAACCUAUGCGGGCGUGGUUUGUCGGAGUCGGCACGACAAGAUUCAUACUGCUUGCUCUUUUCGCCUUGAUCAUCAUGUCGCUAUUUAUGCAUUACUACAUUUCAAAGUUUGCGGGCACAGUGGAUUCGGCGACAGACCUGCAGAGGCGCAUCCAACUUGACGACAUUCAUGUCUUAGAGGACCUAAAGCUGAGAAUAGAAGAAUUCCUUCGGAUCAAAUUGUCCGUCAGCAGCGAGCUUCGAGACCUGGAAAAGAAGCGACAAAGACUGCAGGCCGAAAUUUUCACGUUGACCCAGAGUGUCGAAGAAUCAAAACGUGGCUACACGAAAAACCGUCUUGAACUGGACCGCAUCAAGCUUUCCCUAAAACAGGCAGCCUAUGCUCGAGAGGAGCUGGAGAACCGAAACAUACCUCUUCUCCGACCGCCUCUGAAGCUUCUAACGGGUGAAGAUGCGCGGCAACUGUACCUGCCAAGACCAGCACCACCAGAGUGCCGGAUGCAUUCGUGCUUUGACUACUCACGCUGCUCCCUCACUUCCGGCUUUCCUGUUUAUUUUUAUCCCACUGACGACUCAGUCCCGGAGUUAAAUGUGCGUGCGUCUCUCGCCCAGAUACUGGACACUAAUGUUCACACCACGUUUGAUCCAAGCACAGCAUGCGUCCACGUAGUAAUCCUCGGUGGUCACUUGCCAUCGUGGUCAGUGGCGAGUUACCUUCGCCAGCUGACUCAUUGGAAUGGAAGUGGGCGCAAUCAUAUCAUAAUCAACCUAAGUGGAACCACGAUUCUCACCGAAAAACACGUGCAGCAAGCCAUCAUCGCGCAAUCAUCUGCGGAGGCCGUGGCUUUCAGGCGGAAAUUCGACAUCACAUUGACGCCGGCUCCUUCGGGCAAGGAACUGGCCCAACCGUGGGAAUCGGCACCAGUGAUAUUGCCUGCACGACGGCGGUACCUUUUGAGCUUUCAGGGAAGGCUUGCACAGGACGCCAACAUUACCAUUGAGGCCCGUGCGAAUGAAAUGAUUGUGAACAUUCUUGGUAAAAUGUCUCGGGGCUUUGACAAUGAGUUGAACUUCAGUUUCAGUUGCUUGGCGGCUGAAAAUGUGUCUUCUGCGCCAAAUGACUGGCUCCUGUGCGGUGACCCCUCUAGUCGCGCCCAGCUUCUGCGAGAGUCAACAUUUUCGAUUGUCUUCGCACCUCCAGCUGGCUUUGUGUCGACAGCCACGUUCCUAGUGCGCAUCCGCGAAAGCAUGCAAAACGGGGCCAUCCCUGUUAUUCUAGGUGGUGACGCCGUAGAGCUUCCAUUCUCCGAGUUUGUCGACUGGUCACGCGCAGCACUUCUGCUGCCACUGGCUCGGGUGACCGAGGUCCACUUUAUCCUGCGCACCUACCUGGAUGCUGACAUAGUGGAGCUGCGUCGUCGUGGCCGUCUUCUCUGGGAGAGCUACCUGUCGACGACGUCCCGCAUGAUCAACGCUGUGCUUUCCCUCGUCCGCACGCGACUGGGGAUACCUGCUCCGCCCGCACAUGAGGAGCCGUCGCCGAGUGUGUUCAAUGCCACUUUUCGCCCAGUCACCAUUGAAGCUGCACCCAACACAGAGAUGGACGAGAUGCUAGGCCCCAUUGAGCCACCAUUUCCUUCAUUGACGUACCAGAGGAACUUCAGCGUCACCCUGAAUGAUCAGGCAAAGGUGUGGAAUGAAGAUUUCGACCCACACACUAUGUACCCAUACAGGGUUCAAGAGCCUAUACUCCCUUCCGAGGCAAAGUUCAUGGGCUCUAGUUUUGGCUUCAGGCCAGUUGCUCAAGGUGCCGGUGGCUCUGGAAAGGAGUUUGGUGAAGUUCUCGGUGGAAAUGUUCCCAGGGAGCAAUUCACAGUGGUGAUGCUAACAUAUGAGCGAGAGGCGGUGCUGAUCGACUCGCUUCAGCGGCUGCACAGCCUUCCGCACCUGAACAAGGUCAUCGUCGUGUGGAACAGCUUGAAGCCGCCAUCUCCUGAUCUGCGAUGGCCUGACAUUGGUGUUCCCAUUGAGGUGGUGCGUGCAAAAAAGAACAGCCUCAACAAUCGCUUCCUACCCUUCUCAGCUAUCGAGACAGAAGCGGUGCUCUCGGUCGAUGACGACACGCAUCUCCGCCACGAUGAAAUAGUGUUCGGAUUCAGGGUUUGGCGUGAAGCUCGGGACCGCAUUGUGGGCUUUCCCGGCCGCUACCAUGCAUGGGACAUCAACCACAAGUCGUGGUACUACAACAGCAAUUACUCCUGUGAACUGUCCAUGGUGCUGAUGGGGGCUGCUUUCUUUCACAAAUACUACUCGUACGUGUACACCUACGUGAUGCCCCAAGCCAUCCGUGACAAGGUGGACGAGUACAUGAACUGCGAGGACAUAGCAAUGAACUUCCUAGUCUCCCACAUCACCCGGAAACCACCCCUCAAGGUUACAACACGAUGGACGUUCCGGUGUCCUGGUUGCACAGUGUCGCUGUCGGCCGACGACUCCCACUUCCACGAGCGAGACACCUGCCUCAACUUUUUCGUCAAGGUGUACGGCUACAUGCCUCUGCUGUACACCCAGUUCCGGCUUGACUCCAUUCUCUUCAAGACUCGCAUACCGCACGACAGGCAAAAGUGUUUCAAGUUCAUCUGAGCAUUUCUCAUCAGUCAUCCACGCACAUGUAUCUUCAUCACA